GAUUUGAUAAUUACCCCAAGGGACCACGGUGGCAGGAGGCCUUCCAUGAUCUUUUGGGGGAGGGGAUUUUCAACAGCGACGGGGAAACAUGGCUGAUUCAGAGGAAGACGGCGGCGCUGGAGUUCACGACGAGGACUCUAAGGCAGGCCAUGGCGCGGUGGUGAACCGGACAAUUAAGAAGCGAUUGUGGCGUAUUUUGGAUAAGGCCGCGGAGGAAAACAGAGCUGUAGAUUUGCAGGAUUUGUUACUCCGAUUGAUGUUUGAUAACAUUUGUGGGCUCACAUCGGGAAAGACCCAGAAACGCUUUCACCUGAGUUACCGAGAUGUUAACGGUGAUCAGUUUCCAACCUCUGUUCUCCAACGGAUUGCUCUGAACUUCGUCCUUGCCGGACGCGACACUUCCUCAGUAGCCCUAAGCUGGUUCUUCUGGCUCGUGAUGAACCAACCGGAGAUCGAGAAGAAGAUUAUCAGCGAGAUUUCAAGUGUCCUUCGGGAGAUCCGCGGCUAUGAUCAACAGAAAUGGCACGAAGAACCUUUGGAUUUCGACGAAGCGGAUAGAUUGGUGUAUCUGAAAGCUGCAUUAGCCGAAACUCUGCGUUUAUACCCAUCAGCCCCGGAGGACUUCAAUGGGGAGAAUGAAGACUAUAUUGGGGGAGGAUUGCAUGGAAUUCAGGCCGGAGCGGUGGCUGUAACCGGAGGGCGAGAAGUUCGAGGCACCAAAAGAUGGGUAUAUGUUUGUGGCGUUCAAUGCGGGACCGAGGACUUGCUUGGGGAAGGACUUGGCUUACCUUCAAAUGAAGUCUGUGGCGUCGGCGGUGCUGCUGCGCUACCGGCUGUCACUGGUUCCCGGCCACCGUGUGGAGCAGAAGAUGUCCCUGACUCUGUUCAUGAAGAACGGCCUUCGCUUCCCACGCAGACCAUAGCCGACCUUACCAACAGCAUCCCUUUCCUUCGACAAUCGGGUAGCUGAUCAGGAACUAGUGUGAACCUAUAAAGCUUUAAGGUUAUU